GUCUUUUUGUUUUGGCUGUUGUUCUUUGUCACUUGUUUCUUGCUUCGUGUUCUGUGCACUGCUUGUGUGAGAGAGAGGGCAUUCCCCAGCACCACACAGAGCAAGCAAAACCUCGCGCUUGUACAAGGACGACGAGGCACGACGGCGUCGCAUGGCGUACUACCAGCGCGGCGGUGCAGAGUCAUCAUCGCAGCUCUGGCGCGUCUUGUACGCGGCCAACACGACCAAGAAGAGCAAGCGAUGGAUCGACGGCUUCUUGAAGGCGCCUGUAUUGCCCAAUAAUGGCGGCGGCGGCGGCGCUUUGUCGUCGCCGUCGGGUCGCGUCGUGCUGACAGACCUGGAGAGCAAGACGGUCGAGUCGUGCUGGCUCAAGCCGGGCGACCCAACCAUCGAGCCCGGUGCCGAACUCACACUCGAGCACUACCUGGUCCAAGUUGAAGAGCUCGCAUCGACAGAGGGACGGACUGUGGAUGCCCCAAUCCCAGAUUCCCGCAGCCCAUUUGCAAGCCAGGAAGACGCACCCAGCUCGUUUGUCUCCUCGGGCCUGUCAUUCGUGUCGUCGAUUUCGUCCUCUCAGCUGUCUGCCACACCGCCAGUCAGCGAGCACGCGCGGCCAGCUGCACCGCCGCCACCACCACGCCCAUUUGGGCUGUCGCGUUCGCAGCCCAGCCACUGGAAGCCGCCUGCCGCUUCUGCGUCUGUACCAACAACAAUAGCUGCUGCUGCUGCACAAGCAACCCCGCGAGUGUCGUCAUAUCCCGUACCCUAUGGCGUUGGAGCUCGGUCAAUGCUCGUUCCUGCACCAUCCGCUCUGCCAUCGCAACAGAGCGGUCAUUCCUCGAGCGGCAGAUCCACGCACGAACUCUUGGCAUUUCUCGGAGGCGGAGCCUCCAGCGAAACCCCCAGCGGAACUCCCAGCGCUGCUCCAGCUGUGGUGUCGUCGAUUGCUCGAGCUGAGCCCGCACCGCUGUUCCAUCAACGAAGUUUGCCGGCGCCAGUCACAUCUUUGUAUGCUCCUUCGCCACCACCCUCUGCUUCUACCUUUGCUUCAACUUCUGCGUUCUCGACUGCGCUGCCCGUCGCACGGCCAACGGCAGCAGCGCUGGCACGGCUUCCUCCAAGGCCUACUGGUGAAUGCAUGCAGCCUCGGGUAGCAGAGCCCGUGGCUCACCAUGCCGUGAAGCCUGCAAAUCCCAAUCCCUCAGACUUUGACGACCUGGACGAUCUCGAUGAUAUAGGCGACCUGUUGAGUGCAAUCGAUGGUAGUGAACCUGCUGCCUUGACGGUCGCUCCAGCGGCGACUCAGCCUUUUGCCGGUCAACCGCGACCGUUGCAACGCCCGCCACCUGCCCCUGCUUCUUCUUCAGCGGUGUCAUUCCGCCAGUAUCAAGUCCCUUCUUCAGGGCGACCUGCACCGCGUCCGCCGCUUGCUUCGGAACACGGCCCCAGUUCCAGCGCCUCGCCACUCGGUUCCAGCCCUUCUCAAGCGCCAUUCUCGCCCUCUCAAGCGCCACACAGCGCUUCCCCGAUUGCCAUCGUGAGUCGUGCCGCUGGUACUGAUGCAGACCCAGGUUUCCUCGCCAAUCUGCCUGAACAGCAUCCAAUCCCACUUGCCAUUGCAGCUGCGGACGAGUGCAUCGCCGAGGAGACGCCCAAACGAAGUGCUCGCAUAAAUGCAGACUUUCCGACGUUGCGCAGCUAUCGCCAAACCAUGUUCUCGGCGCUCAAUGAAACCAUCAACCUCCAGGUGCGUGAAAAACUCCGUCUUUUCCACUUGGGCAUGAAGCAAGCAACUCUUAGCUUUCUGGCAAGCCGCCCAGCCGCGCCGGGAGCGCACGGCAGCCGCUCACAGGACGCUAAUGCUGUCAAGUGUCGGUGCGGGAAACCUGCAGUGUUGCUCAUGUGCAAAAAGGAAGGCGCCAACAAGGGACGGUUUUUCCACAAGUGCGGCGACUGUCAGUUUUUCGCCUGGGCCUCCUCUGUGGCCAAGCCAAACACCCUCAUUGCUUCUGCACUAGAGCAGGAUGGGACUGGCGGCACGGUCACCAUUGGCACGCCGCGAAUGCUUGAAGAGUACCACAAGGCUCGCGAAGUUGCGUUGUACUACAACUGCAGUCUGACCGACUCCCGCGAUGGUGCAGGCAGUGGCUCUUCCGCUGGAGCUAGCUGGCGAGGCAAGGGUCGCGGCGGUGGUCGGGGUGGCUGGCGAGGUCGUGGGCGCGCUCGCGAGAGUGCGUGGCGCGAAUACACAGUCAAUCCGGACGAAAGUUCGUUUUCCUCGGCAUCGCGCUCGCGUGGGAUUGCAGUCACCAAUUCUGCCACCUUGUUUGUCGAGUUGUCUCACAAGUCGCGAACGACCUACGGGCGCGACGAUCUCUGGCUUGUCACCAGCCGGCUCGACUUUGAGCCCAGCGUGACGGUGCUUGCGAAAUCAACCUUUUUCGGGCCAGCAUCCAACUUGGUGAUUGAGCUGGAAAUCAUACACGGCUCUGGCCAGUCUCUGCGGCAGGACGCGGUUGAUCUUGGCGGUGCCAACGUGCAUUGCAUUCACCUGGGCUCGUUCAGCUCUGAACUCACCGCCCUGAGUUGCCAAGUGACCUAUGAGAGCAUUCCAGUCCUCCCCUACCUGCUGUCAGAACCUCCUUUGCUCGAUGAGGUGGGAGUGGGGCGGAAUGCUCUGCGUCGGCCGGGACCGGGACGCGGCGACGCGUCGUCAGACUUUGGCACCGAUCAACGCCGGAUGGCGAGCAAGAGCGACGAGUCCCGCUAUCUGUUUUCGAUCGGCAUGCUGUAUGCCGAUCCGGCCAUGCUGAGUUUGCUUUUGCGCGACUUUGAGACAAAGUACCCCCUCAAUCCAGACCAACGAACAGUGCUGCGCGCCUGCGCAAGAAUGUUCCUUCACCCGGACACGUCCCCGGCGGAUUUGGCAGAUCUUGAUGAGCCUGAUACGCUCGACUGGUCACAGGCACCUUCUGUCACGCUGGAAGGCGGUAGCCACAGCCCGGUGCUGCUCGUGCACGGCGUGUUUGGCGCCGGCAAGAGCUUUAUUCUUUCCGUGUUGGUGGUCUUCUUGGCCAGCCUCUUUGAAAUGCUGCAAGGUCCAGUUGCGCCAGGCUCACGGCAGUGGAAGGUACUGAUUUCAUCCACGACGAACGUCGCGGUGGAUCGCAUCAUGCACGGGCUGCUGGGCCUCGGAUACUCUGACUUUGUGCGCGUUGGCAGCGUCAAAAAGAUUGCAAAGACUGUCUUGCCCUACAGCGCCAACAUGAGCAAGCGGAGUGACGAGCAAGAUUUGACCGAUCUCGAGCACAUGCUUCGCACCGAAGCUCUCUCGCCAGACGAAAUCCAGGCCGUGCGCACCACCAUUGCCGACAUCAAAUCAGGCACGCGCCCGACCAAGCUCGUCAAGUCGCGCGUCGUGGGCGUGACCUGUGCUGCCGCGACGUUUCCGUGCUUGGAUGGCAUGUCGUUUCCGUUCAUUGUCCUUGACGAGUGCUCGCAAAUGACGGAGGCGUCGUCUCUGGUGCCGAUCAGCCGGUUUGGCUGCAAGCGCCUCAUUCUUGUGGGUGACCCCAAGCAGCUGCAGCCAACGUUGGAGGGACCCGAGGCCGCCCACCCGUUUGGCCUCGAGCAAACCUUGUUUGAGCGUUUGGCCCUGCAGCACAAGCCUCUCGUGAUGCUCCGCACCCAGUAUCGAUGCCACCCAGACAUCAGUGCCAUUCCCAACAAGCUGUUUUAUGACAACCGGCUCUUGGACGGCGUCGCGAAUGCAGCUCGCCCACCCAUCCACCCCCGAGUACCUACCCUCUGUUUUGUGAACGUGGCGGGUCAGGAAGUUCAAGAUGGCGAUGGAAGCUACCACAACGAUGCUGAGGUCGCGAGCAUUGUUGGCAUCUUGCGCUCGCUUCUUGCCGGUGUGUUUCCCAACGGUGUUCUUCCUGGCGAGCGCGCCACUCCCGAUGAUGCCUCUGGUGCAAGUGCAGCAGCCAAGCACGAUCUCGAUGAUGUCGAUGGCGACCACAACGUUGAUCAACGAGUUUCCUCUCGUCCCGCGAAACCUUGUGGAAUCUCUGUUGAUAGUAUUGGUAUCAUCACUCCGUACAAGUCGCAGGCGAUUCACAUCAAGCAGGCGCUUGAUCGCCUUCCCAUUCGUGACGUCCAUGGCUCAAGUCUCAAGUCUAUUCUUGUCGCGACAGCGGACUCGUUUCAAGGCGGUGAGCGCAACAUUAUUCUAUUAAGUUGCACACGUACUCGUCAGAUUGGCUUUGUUGAUUCCGAACGACGGACGAACGUGGCAUUGUCUCGUGCGAAGCAGCACUUGUUCAUCGUCGGCGGCAGCGCCAUGCUGUCCAGAAACCCGCUCUGGGGAGAAAUUCUGCGCUUUUGCCGAGCUCGUCCAAGUGGCUAUAUGGAAUCGCUCACAUUCGUCAACAUGCUGAAUGAUUCGGGUGUGGAAGAUCACACCAUCAUGGCCAACGAGUGGUCGCCGGGAGAUGGCGCCGGGGCUGCGGUGUCGGCAUCGGCUACAGCAUCGACACUUGCAUCUGUGCCUGCUCGAGGUGAUGCUGCGGACGAUUACGACUUUGAAGAAAUGGAUCAAGCUCUUGAUGCCGAUGAAAUCGCCGCGUUUGAACAUCAGUUGGCUGUGCAUGAGGAGGACUUUGGCGCGUCACCAGUUCCUCCUCCACCCGAGACACACCCUCAGUCAACGAGAGGUCAUACCUCUGAAGAAGCCAGCAAUCUCGUGGACGACUCGGCGGAAGGUGCUUGGAAAACAGCGGGCGCAGUCUUGGAACGAUGGCGGUCUGCUACUGGGAGUGCUGCGGUGAAUGCGGGAGUCUCGAAGCGGCGUGCCACGACCACAAAAGGGCGGCGACCUAAGCCAAAGAAUGCAUUCGUUGACGAUGAGGCGUCUGAGCAGUCCGACGAGGACGGCGUCGGUGCAAACGAUGAGGACGACAACGAUGAUGACGAUGAAGACUUGGCCGAUUUCGUCGUGCCUGACGACAGCAGCGAUGCUGAAGAUGACCAGCAGGUUGCUGUGAAGAAGGUCAGCGCUGACAGGCAAACUCGCAAAACCACAAAAACGCCACCCGAUCCGAUAGCUUCACCGCAGACUGGACGAAGGCGACCCGCCAGCUUUGCUUUUUCGCUUGUGACCCAAGAAGAACGGGAUGCGUUGCAACAAGCGGAAGCAGACCAAGCGCUUGAAGAUGAACUCGACAUUCCGAUUACGUUUGAUUCGACUCCGCGCGCUGUUCCCCGUACACGUCGCCACAUUCGUGAGAUCUACUCUGACAAUGAGGACGGCUCGGCUGGCUCUUCCGACCUUGAUGAUUGUGAAACAAUCGACUCGCAGCGUUCAAAGCAAGAGAACGGUCAACAAUUUCGCAAGCGACCCAAGCGGAUCUUGUCGUCCCCUUCUUCCUCGUCAUCUAUCCAUGAUCAAGCCAUCUGAUCAUUGAUUUGUAUUGUGUGCCUCUCGAUAGUACUGUAUUUUAGUUUUCGUUCAAUCCAAC